CACUGUGAUGCAACCUAAGGGUAUGGUCACAGACAGGAUCUGUUGAAAUGCCUCAUGGUGUAAUUUAUGAAAUGUGAAUUGCAUUUUAAAACAAGCGGACAUGAUUUUGCAAUAUGUGAAUUCAAUAUCAUUAUUCAUUGGUGUACACAGGGUUGGGUUUACCAAUGGAAAAUUCUGACUGAUAGCAUCUAGCCCCAGCUUCCCUAUUCUGAGUAUGUUGUUUGAGAUAGGUCAAUGGUCAGCUUAUAGGAAGUAAAAGCUGUGUGGAGUGGCAGCAGUAGAGAGGUUUAGUUUCAUAACAGAAAUACAGACACAUGAGUGGAACAUUUGUUUGUAGGUUCACAGUCGUUCUGUCCUUGUGCCUUGACUCCAGGCUGGAGGAUGGGGAAUAUAAUGCGAGGUGAGAGUGCCAAGGAGACGAUCAACACAGACAGCUCUUUAAAAGGCCUGGAGGACGACAUGGUGGUGGUGCUUCAGGACUACCCGUCGCCGGACAUCAGCGAGCCGAUCUACAGGAUGGGGGAGAAGCUCAGACUCAUAGCUCAGGAGUCUUACUGGUGGAGAGUACGCUCCAUCCAAACACAAAAGGAGAACUACAUACCCAACAGCCAUGUGGCAAAGGUGUACCAUAGUUGGCUGUUUGAGGGGGUGGAGAGGCAGAAGGCCGAAGAGCUGCUCAGUUUACCCGGGAACAGAGUGGGCUCCUUCCUGGUGAGGGAGAGUGCCAGGGAGAGAGGUCUGUACUCGCUCUCAGUGAAGCACAGGAGUGUAAAGCACUAUCGUAUCUUAAGACUGGACAACAGCUGGUACUACAUCUCCCCUCGCCUCACUUUCCAGUGCCUAGAAGAUAUGAUCAACCACUACUGUGACGCUUCAGAUGGCCUCUGCUGUGCUUUAACCUCCCCCUGUCAGUCGAGCACGACCCCCCCCGCCUGACUCAGCCCCAUCGUAGUGAUGAGACGCAACUUUGGACUGGAAAGACAAAUAGACAGCAAGCAGCUGGUGAGCACAGAGAGCUGCGGUGACAACAUGGUGAGCUAUGGAGUCAGGAACAGCAUCGCUGCCUACCUGUCCUUUUCUGGGAAUCGAGACCCUGCACAGAUGAGAGCCGCCAGCAGGAGGAAAAAGAGUAAAUCUAUGUAUGCUCUCCCUGAGAACGGCCACGGAACCAUUGACUAUGAGGACUUCUAGAGACAGCAGCGGGGUUCAAAGAAUGAAAUACCUUCAGGUUGAAGGCAGUAGAGGGCAUCCUUCUCAGCAGCAUCCCAAACCUCGAAGUGUGCUAUAGCUUCUAAUGUGAGCACUUGAAGUACUUUAACAAUAACGCAAAUUGCAUGAGCGCUUACACUUUGACUCAGCUAAUAAGAUGGAACUUUAUGGAGUUGAACUGGACGAUGGUGCAAUUGAACUGUGGUGUGUAUUCUGGACGAGUCAUGAUCACAAACAGCCGGCAUUAGGAGAGCGAAGAACAAUGUUAUGGGUAUUGUUUGGUAAUUAUAUUAUUCAUAUUUGUGUGUGUAUAUUAGUAUUUGUGGCUUUCAAACUAUUCCCAGUGUUCUUAAUAAAUGUGAUAUGGUUAAAAAGCAA